UUUCUGGCCUUACAAGAAGCCGCUGAAGCAUUCCUCGUGAGCUUAUUUGAGUCGGCUCAGCGAUGUGCAGUUCACGCUAAACGUGUUACAGUGAUGCCUAAAGAUAUCAGGCUAGUGGCAGAUUUACAAAACAUUCCAAUUGACCGAAGUUAUCAACAAUUGCAACAAUUGAGAACGAUGACGACUAAUCGGCCUAUGUUAACGGCAGCACCCUGUCCAUCGAAUAGGAAGCAUCGGAACAAUAACAAUGAUGAUGAUGAUAAUGAUAAUAAUGUCAGAUGAUGACUGUUUUCUAGUUGAUUUUUGUAAUUUCAUCAUCACUGUUGUUGUUGUUGCUGCUGCUGCUGCUGGUGGUAGUGGUGAUUCUGUUUUAUCUCCGAUCCCCACUUUGUUUCACUUCUCUUCUUGUUCCAGUGCACAUAAUCCUCGCCCACAUUCACUCUUUGUGAUAUAUAAUAUCCAGUCAACUUCGAUUGUCCUUCCAUUUUUACUACUGUUCUUUUUGCUCUACAUUUCUGUUUGUUACUUCUCUUUUUCUCUCUUCUUGUGUGGAUGUGGAGAGUGGAACUGCUGCACAUCUGUGCAAAGUUCUAGGUUGAAACUAGUCAAUCAAUUCUCCCCCACUCCCGCCCUCCCCGCCUGUCCCUCUGUGCUACUUGAUCUUUGCCUAAUUCCCAAUUGUGAUAUUUUUGUGGAUACGGUAUUUUCCUUGUUAUAUAUUAUGUUAGGUUGCAGUUUUGUGAAUGCUUCACUACUUUUAUAUCAAAUUGGAUGCAUUUUUGUGAUUGUGCGAUGACCUUAUUUGUACAUAGUGACUUUAAAUGCUGUAUGGCUACCAACAGUCUGAGUCUGUCUGUCGGUGAACAGACUUUUUUUGUAGAUAAUUACUACCAGUGUUGUAUCGUGG